GCCAGUUGCUCUACCCCUGCUCAGUAAGGAGAAUCACCACUUUAAAAAGGUGCCUCUGCUCGUUUAGCAGGGGGGAAACGGCGUUGGGAAGCGCUUGACCUGUUGAGUGUCUGCCAGCCUGCCAGCUGUGUAAUCAAACACAGGAGCCUGGGGCAGGAGGAGGAGAAGGAGGAAGCAAGAAAGCAGAUGGCAGCGCCUGCGGAGAACGGAGAGACGCCUCGUUAGGGAGGACGCGUGUCACGGUGGUGAAGAUUCCUCCUCGAAAUCCACGAGGCGACUCCUCGAGAGAGGAAAGGCGAGGAUCGCGCACAGAGUAGCUAGGGCGGCGGACGGAGCGCGGCGGCGGCGGGCGGCGGCGGGGGGAGAGGAGGGAGCGAGCGAGCGAGGUGCCACCUGCGCAGCACAGCCCAGGUGGGGGCCCGUGACUGAGCCACCUGCGGGGUGGAGUCCAGCCAGCCCAGCCGCCUCGCCUGCGUCGUGUCGCCGCACAUUCCUCAGGGGCCGCCGCCGCUGCUAGUGCUUCCCGGCUGCCGUGAUCGCUUCCAGCAUGGCCUUGGAGGGUAGCAGCAGCAGCAGCAGCAGCAGCUCCCUGGAGACUGCCCUGGCCGAGUGCACAGAGGCACUGAACUGCUUCUUGUGCAACCAGUUCAGUGAGAGCCUGGAGAUGCUACAGCCCAGGGCCAAAGAGAGCAUGUACCAUGCCUUGAUCUAUGCCACCAUCCUGGAGAUGCAAGCCAUGAUGACCUUUGAACAUGAGGACAUUGUCCAUGCUGGGCACACCAUGAAAGAAGCACAGGAGAUCUGCCAGAGGUUUCGGAGGAAAAGCAUUGCAGCCGGCAACUUCUCCAGUCGGUCAGGUGGAGAUGCCUGUACUGAGGGUGAGAGCAGUUACAGCAAAGGAAGCUGGAGGCAGGACCAUUGGGUUCUCUCCUCUGCCUAUCCCAGAGUUCCCAACCUUGGAUCCCCAGAGGAGCAGCAUGCUGAAGUGUGCUACGCAGAAUGCUUAUUGCACCGGGCAGCCCUCACCUUCCUCCAGGAUGAAAAUAUGGUGAAUUUCAUAAAAGGGGGGAUCAAGGUGCGUAGCAGCUACCUCAUCUACAGGGACCUCAACAGUUUCAUCCAACCCAAUCAGUUACCAGCAAGCUCUGCUCGUGCCCAUCUAGAGGGGGGGAUUGCGCUGGGCAUUGGUGCCUUCAACUUGACUCUUUCCCUCUUUCCACCCCGGAUCCUGAAACUUCUGGAGUUUGCUGGGUUUUCAGGGGACAAGGAGUAUGGCCUGCGGCAACUGCAUCAGGGGGCCACUACACCCAACCUGAGGGCUUUGCUUUGCACAAUGCUGCUACUGUGCUACUACACAUUUCUUACCUUCAUCUUAGGGAUUGGUGAAGAUGACUUCACAGAGGCUGAAGCCCUGCUGAGUCCAUACCUCUCCCGCUACCCUACGAGUGCCAUUUUCCUGUUCUUUGCUGGGAGGAUAGAGGAGAUCAAAGGCAACAUCAGUGAGGCCAUCAAGAAAUUUGAGGAGGGCUGCUCGGUCCAGCAGGCCUGGAAGCAGUUUCACCACAUGUGCUACUGGGAGCUGAUGUGGUGCUUCGCCUACAAAGGAAUGUGGAAGAUGGCCUAUUUCUAUGCAGACCUCCUGAGUAAAGAGAAUCGUUGGUCCAAGGCAAUGUACGUGUACAUGAAAGCCGCCUUCCUUAGCAUGCUGCCUCCGGAAGAGCCGCGACCUUUUGGUGAGGAAGAGGCUGAGCUCUUUAGGCAGGUUUCCUCCUUCAAGCAGAAGAUAGCGGGGAAGUCUCCACCCACAGAGAAGUUUGCCAUUCGCAAAGCGAGGCGCUACAAAGCCAGCGAGCAUGUUCCCUUGCCGGUGGCAGCCCUGGAGAUGAUGUACAUGUGGAAUGGAUUCACAGUCCUGGGCAAGCGGCAGGAGCUGCUGGAGGGGACUCUAGAAACCCUGACACAGGCUGAGAAGAGGUUGCAAGAGGUGCCAGCCAGUGAGUACCAAGUGGAUGACCAGUGUCUGGUACUGCUUCUCAAAGGGUUAGUUCUCAAGCACUUGCACAGUCCGGCAGAGGCUGAAGCCUGCUUCAGUGCUGUCCAUGGCAGUGAAAAGAGGAUCCGGUACGACCACUACUUGGUACCCAAUGCAUUGCUAGAAUUAAGUCUACUGUAUGUGGCACAGGGCCGGAGUGAAGAGGCUGUGAAGCUGCUCCGCAGGGCCAAGAACAACUACAAGAAUUACUCAAUGGAAUCACGAACACUAUUCCGGAUCCAUGCUGUAUUGUCCAAACUGAAGGCCAACCAGGAAGAAAAUGGUGCAGAUGGAGCUAGCCCUUCCUAGGGAAUGGAGUGCUAAUUGCCUCCUGAUUAUGAGGAGGAGGUAGACUGUUGUUCUUGAGGAGUAUCUGGACCAAAGAGAGAACCUGCCAAAGUACAAGACCUUGUGAUGCUGCCUUUGCGGGGUGGCGGGAUUGUUAGUUCAAACGAGUGUGUCACCACCAAGGUUGUGCCACAUCACUGAAGGUCUAGAGCCUGAUGUUUGGUGUGGGCAAAUGGAUAGACUUCAGAUAUCUGGAUUUCAGUUCCCAAGCCCUUGAAGCAGCUGGGGAGCCCACAUUCAUGAAUAAAUCUCCUUCCUCAGGGUCUUAGAAAUGAGGGCUAAAUUCUCCUUCCCCUUCCUCUAGUUUCAUAAUCAUCUGGGAAUAGGCUGAGUGUGCCCUGAUCCAUGGCCAUGUGUACCCCUUGGUUUCCUAUUUUAUAUUCCUUGGCCAAUUAGCAUCCACUUUCCCUGUAGGUCCCUGCUAAUCUCAAAAGCCACAGCUCCCCCAGAGCCUACAUACAUCAGGUGAUCCUCUGUGACUUGUUGGUGUUGGACCUGAAAGAGCCAGUGCCUGAUGUUUCUCUCUCUCUUUUAAAUUAAACUGUACGGAGCUUUUUAUAUUGAACCUAAGGACAACAUUUCAAAAUACUGGGAAAGGAAAAAGUUGCUGUUUACAGGCCUUUGGGGUGUGUUCAGUACAGGGGCAAUGCUUUCAUGUAUCCCUGCUUGCCCACCUGCAAACCAGUCCUAUUGUCUUUGUUAAAAUGGUCCCUUAAAAACCCCUUGCUGUGGCAAAAAGCAGUGACAUGCCACUCUUGCUAUUGCCUUGUUCUCUGCUAUCUUUACCCUCCUGCACCCACUCUGUAAGCAGAACAUUUUUCAGGGAGGGAGAGUGGAAUCUAUUCAAAUAGAACUUUAGGCAGGAUAAACUGCAGCAACCACACUUAAUUGAAUUAUGAAGGGCCCUUCUGUCCCUUUGAGUCUCAGUGAGGAGAUAGGACUGAUCUCCUUUAUCCUGGAUCAUUGCAGCCUGUCCUGUCCUGCUGGUGUUCUAACUGAAGGCUUGCUUUUGGUCUACCACCUUCUGAAGGACAAGAUUGGGCUCUUCCUUACUGUAGCAGCAGCAGCAGCAGCUGCUUAUGGAGUACUGUGGAAUCUUGGUUCUUUAAGCCACCUGCAGCAUUUGCUGAGGUGUGUGUACAUCAGUACACAACAUGAGUACACAUGACACAGGGGUCCAUUCAUUCCUUUCCUGUCCUGUGCCUGGCACAGUCCCCAUAAUUUGUCCAUCUAGUUCCAGCUUGAUGAAAAAUUCGUAGCUCAUAGGACUUCCUGUUAAUUUGCAACAGGCAAUAGAUGGCAGUGAGCCCGGACACAACCUGGAAUAAGACAAGCCCACUGAGAGAUUCUCAUUAAGCAUAGAGGACAGUAUACACUGUCAUCCUCAUGGGAAUUUCAGAGCAGGUGUAAACAUAAGGCCAGGAAUGUGUCUUCUAAAUCCCAUGAGAGGUGGGAUGAUGUGUGGAGCUACACCUUGGACCACCUGCUGUGAUGACUUUCUUUAAAUGAAAUUGACUCUACCUCAUCUGUUUUGCAGAUUAAUCUGCUAAUAUGAUGACAGAUCUUGCCUUAGCUUAGCUGUUCUCUGCCUUAUAUAGGUUCUGUUGAACCUCUGCUAUAGACUUAAACCCCAAGCAUGUAUACAUGUGUAUCCUCUCUCUUUGGACUGUAAUUAGGCCUAGAAAGUGCCUCUGAUUGUAGCUCUGAGUUACCUGUAUCUGAAGAGAGCCCUGCAGAGUUUGUAACUUGAAUCCCUAUAAUACUUUUAACCAAUGAAGAGUUGGCCAAGUACUUGUUCUUUUCUGUCUCACUGCUUCUUGGCAGGAAGGGGGCUGCUAUUUCUACAGGCUGGAUACUGAUCUGAAAUUCUUGAUCGCAGCUGGGUCCACUACCGCAAACUGAAUUAGUUCCCAUUAUUCAUUAGCAAGGAGAAGCUUUCUGCUUCAGAUACAUCUCAGGUCAGGAAAACCAGCUGCACACAAAAUACUACUCCUGCUGACCCUGUGAAGGAGAAAGCUGGGGAAGGGGCAGGAGGAGAUUCUAACAAAAGAAAAAUUGUCCAGUAACUGAACAUUAGGUCUUUAAUUAAAAGCUAAAGGGGGAAUUCUUUGAUUUUAAUUUAAUUGUGAAACAAUGUAAAAUAAAGAAUUUAUACAAAG